AUGUCUGGCAGAGGCAAGGGCGGGAAGGGGCUCCGCAACGGGGGCGGCAAGCGCCACCGCCAGGGGGCGCAGGGCAUCACCAAGCCGGCCAUCCGCCGCCUGGCUCGGCGCGGCGGCGUGAAGCGCAUCUCGGGGCUGAUCUACGAGGAGACGCGCGGCGUGCUGAAGGUGUUUUUGGAGAACGUGAUCCGCGACGCCGUCACCUACACCGAGCACGCCAAGAGGAAGACGGUGACGGCCAUGGACGUGGUCUACGCCCUCAAGCGCCAGGGACGCACCCUCUACGGCUUCGGCGGCUAA